AUGGCUGGCCGCGCUUCUCUAUGUUCUACUUUAAUUACUCAGAAUAGUAUCUCUAAAGAUGAAUCCUCGGUUCCUUCGUCAAGACACUUUCGAUCCCAAGAGCCCAAGUCAAAGGACGGCAUAACUGCUGACCCAAUCUCAAUUGAUCCAAAUCUCACCCAGGCUGACCAGCUGGUCUUGGAGUACCUACUCCACAAUGCCGCCAGUUCCGACCCAUCGUCUAAGAAGCACAAUCAAAGGAAGCAUGCCGACCAUAGAGGUGCUGAGGAAGAGCUUCUGGAGAAGCUCAAAGGCAUGAAUGAUGAAAACAGUCAAGAUUUCGAACCGACCGUAUUUUGUACCUGGGACCUGAAAGAUUUGCCUGUUCGUCCAGCAAUUCUACGGACCCUGCUCAAUAGCUAUAUUCAGUGGGCAUCGCACGUUGCUCGACGGCCUACAGAUGUUGUCUUUAUUACUCAUUUGGCCCUUUACUUCACCACAUCGCUGCCAUCAGCACUUUACCUGUUCUUCUAUCGCUUCACUUGGCUACAUGGUGUAAGCCAUGCUGUCAUGUCGGCCUAUUAUUUUGGCACAUACACCCUCAUGAGGCACAAUCACAUCCACAACAAUGGCAUCCUGUCGAAAAGCUGGUGGAUGUUGGACACGUUGUUUCCCUACGUGUUGGAUCCGCUCAUGGGCCAUACAUGGAACAGCUACUAUUAUCACCACGUUAAGCAUCACCACGUCGAAGGAAAUGGACCCGGUGACUUGUCUACAACCUUACGAUUGCAACGUGACGAGAUCAGUUCCCUGCUAUACUACGUGGGCCGAUUUAUGUUUUUCAUUUGGCUCGAUUUGCCACUAUACUUCAUCCGUACUGGGAAAUAUAGCCACGCGCUUCGCGCCGCGUUUUGGGAAUUCUCAAGCUAUAUGUUCAUGCUCCUGGCCACACAGUACAGUCCCAAAGCUAGCGCUUUCGUGCUCCUAGUCCCGUUCAGCCUAAUACGUCUGGGUCUCAUGAUUGGAAAUUUCGGCCAGCACGCUUUCGUGGACGAGGUGGAACCUGACAGUGAUUAUCGAUCCAGCAUCACGAUCAUAGAUGUCCCCUCCAACCGCUUCUGCUUCAAUGACGGAUACCACACCGCCCACCAUAUAAAUCCCCUCCGUCACUGGCGCGACCAACCCCUCUCCUUCAUCAAGAGCCAAGACGCCUACGUCCGCGGCCGUGCCCUCGUCUUUCGCAACAUUGACUACCUGGAGAUCACGUACCGGCUGAUGCGCAAGGACUAUGAACAUCUUGCGAGGUGUUUGGUACCGAUUAGUGACGAGCAAAAGAGCAUGGGUCAGGAGGAGAGGGAAGGGAUGCUGAGGAGAAAGACGAGACGAUUUAGUGAGGAUGAGAUUGGGCGGAAGUUUGGGCAAUGA